AGUUACGUAUCGUGGAGGUCAAGUCAAACAAGCAGCGCUAUGGUGAAGAAAAAGCGACUCCGGCUCAUUGCCGAGAUAGCGCGGAAGGUCCGGGCAUACCGGGAACUGAAGAACCGGCCGCGUGACUCGCAGCGUUACGCGUUGGACUAUGAAACCAUGACGCGGCCGCUCACAGGCAAGAGGCUGCCGGUUUUGGCCUGGGAAGACGUGAAAAGAGAGACGCGGCUCUUCACGCUGCUCUCGAGCAUGCGUAUGUUUGGCAUCGGCCGACUCUUCACGCGAAAAUCUUGGCUCGAGGAACACACAGAGCCCUGUUAUUGGAAGAUCACUAAAGUGAAAGUAGAUUUCACUGCAGAGAAUAUGGACCAUGGAAAAGCAUGGGGCAUUCUGACAUUCAAGGGUAAACAGGAAGAGACGGAGCGCGAGCUGGACAAGGUGAUGUACCACGACUGGCGGCUGGUGCCGGAGCACGAGGAGGAGGCAUUCGCGCGUUUUGAGCCGGUUCCGGAAGCGGCGCCUCGUUUCGCGUCUUACCCGCCCCUCCUGCGCGCCAUGAUCCUCGCCCAGCAGGCCAAAGAGAAGGCCGUGGACCCCGCCAGCUUGCCCGAACCCAGCCUGCCUCUCCAACGGGACGUGCUCCUGAGCAGAGAGUACUUCCGCAGUCAAGAGGAGAAGCGGAAGCAAGAGGGAACUCCCGUCUGAUGAUGAGGUCAAGGGGCAAGUCAGGUCAUAGAUGGGGUCACUGUCAGGAGAUGCCCGGGGUGAAAACUGACCUUCAAAAAAGGACUAUGGACCACAAACCCUUUGACCGUUUUGUUUGUUUAUUCUCCUGUGCAAGGAGAACAUUUCAUUUGUAUCUGUAUUAUAUUCUGUGUGUUUUAUUGAAAUGGUAAAUAUUAUGAUGCUGUACACUAAUGAUUAAAAUGUGCUAAAU